CCGAGGCCCUGCCCGGCCCGAGCCCAGGCCUCACCCGGGCGCCCUCACCGUGAGAACCAGCUGCCCCGCUGCGCCCGCGUCCCCCAGCUCGGGGCCGCCCCGCUCUGCCCCGCCGGGUCCCCGCGGCUGCUCGGCGUCGCCAGUGGCUCCCAUGGCGCCCCCGGCCCCCACAACUUCAGUCCGACUCUGCCACCGGCCGGAAAGUGGCGCCGUGACGUCACUGGAGCGCGCCGCCCGCCGGCCCGGAAGCGCGACGCGGGGAGCUGCGGAGUUACCAUGGGAACCGAACCGCCGCCGGGGUCGCGGGCCCUCGGAGACCCCGCGUAUGGGGCGGUUGGGGCUUCCUCCCUGGAGCGCUGAGCCUCCGCGGGGAGUGAGGGUGUCUCAGGGCGGUCCCCAGCUGGGCGGAGGUUCGGGAAAAGUGCGGGUGAAAGAGGGAGAGUGCCCUCCUGAUACGAACCCGUGUAAAGAACUGUGCCAGGAUGACGAGUCAUGUCCUCCUGGGCAGAAGUGCUGCAGCACAGGCUGUGGUCGGGUCUGCCGAGCAUACGUUUUUAAGGGGAUGAAAAGAGCAUGUCCCAGGAUUGUUCGGAAACGAUCCUGUGUUAAGAGUUGCAUCUCUGAUGAGACAUGUCCAGAUGUAAAGAAAUGUUGUACAUUUGGCUGCAGCCAGAGCUGUGUAGCCCACUGGGAUCUUUCUACGUUUCUGAGGAUCUUGCCAAGUUGAUUAGUCUGGCCUUGAACUUGCAUUCCUCUUGCUGAGCCUCCAAAGUCACUGAGACUGCAGACGUUCACCACCAUGCCCUGCUGGCCCAGUGACAUUUAAGCUGCAGCCUGGAGAAGGAGUUGAAGCUCGGCAGGUGGAGGGAGUGGUGGAUAUUGCAGGAAGAGUGAGGAGCAUGUGGCGAGGUCUUCAGAUGACAAGGAGUCGCCUCAUUUAAGAAACUGAAAGCAAGCUGGUGUGGUUAGCUGAGACCGAAAGUGGGAGAAUGAUGCCAGCUGAGGCUGGAGACCCCUGACACUGUGGAGGUGGCAGUGGGGAUGGGUAAAGGUGACACAGUUGAGAGACUAUGUAUAUUGAAAUGACAGCUUUCUGUUCUAUUCCUUACCUCCUUCAUGGUGACCUUAAGAGGCUCCUAAAAGGUAUUAGAAAUUGUGUGUAUCUUCCAUGUCUGACCCCUUUUUAUUUCCUGUUGUUUUAGGACUUUCAUCUACUUCUGCUUGUUUGUGCUUCCCAGUAUAUUUAUUAUUAUAUUGCUUAUUUAUUAUAUUUAUUAUAAGGUCACUUUUAAUUUAUUGCCUAUGUGUAAGGCCACUUAUUGGAAUGAUGCUAGCCACAUAAAUUAAUGAGAACUGAUAUUAUUACAAUGUUGAAUCUUUAUGUCUUCCUAUUGUUCAAGUGUAUUUGGUAUAAUAUAUGUUGUUUUGUAGUUUUAAUAUAUAUGUAUAUAUAUAUUUUGGUUCCAGAUAUUGAGCCCAGGGGCACUUAACCACUGAGCCACAUCCCCAGCCCUUUUUAA